AACGUUUUCUCGAAAGUUCCCAAGUUAAAAUGAAGACUGCGCUGGCUUGUUUGGCUCUAUUCGCUGUCCUUGCCGUUGUCUACUCUGGUUAUUUGAGCUACGCACCCUACAACUAUGGAUAUCCUUAUGGAGGAUACCACGGCCGUGUAGGGUACCCUUAUGGCUACCGUGGUUAUCCUUAUGGUUACCGGGGUUAUGGCUACGGUUAUCCUUACCGCGGUUAUGGCUAUGGACAUCCUCACGGUGGGUACUACGGCUAUCCUUACAGAGGUUAUCUUGGUUACAGAUAUCCCUACCGAGGCUAUUAUGGUGGUCACUACUGGUAA